AUGGACAACGAUAACAAUCAACAGCCGGGCCCGGGGGACACUAAGAUGAGCUUCGAUGACAACAACACCCCGACGAUGAGAGAAAUGCUGAGAGCCAACAUCGACCGCUUCAUGAGGGAAUUCCGUCAGGCGAACCCUCCCAGCGCUAACCAAAACACCACGUCCGGCGACGACAAAUGGACCCGCGUCUAUGAUGACGACGCCGCGGCAUUCCUAGCACAGCUUACAGAAGCGCAGGAGCGCGAUAGGAGGGACCGUCUCCUCCGGUCCCAGAAAGAUUCUGUUCCGGCCAAUGCGCCUAUUAGCGAUGGCCAGAAAGCCACGGCUAGUGAUGACCAGAAAGCCACGUCUGGCGAUGACCAGGACCAUAUGUGUGUUGACGAGCAGAAGGCCCGCGCCAAGGCUGGGCAGGAGGAAGAGGCAAUCAAAGCGGAGAUUCUUCGCGCCGUGAACUCGGAAGAGUCUAAGCGAGAGAAGGCUGUCUACGACCAGGAGGUUGAGCCUAGCGACGACCAGAAGGGCGGUUCUGGUGCCGGCCAGGAGAAUGUCUAG